AAAGUAUGCAGAAAUAACGCAUAACUCGGACCAAUAGUAAACUCUUCCACACCAUCUGUGACAUUACUGGGAAAGCAAAACACUAUUCUGAAGCGGACUAUACAGCUAUGGCAGUGCACAACGCAGGCAGCCAUCCUGUAAAUAUUUCCGAGGAGAAAAACAUAACAGCGGAGCGAACACUCAAUUGUUUUCCCUGCUUAUCUCUCUGGGACAGUAUCCUGCUUUUUUGAAGGCAGGGCUUUCGGUGACACACAGCUUCCUUCUCAACAGCGGUGACUUCACUUCCCAAAUUUAGAGGAAAGAAAAAACCCAAUCCGGUAAAAGUGUCUCUUUCUCUCCGCCACAUACCGGGGGUUGGAAUUAAUUCAGGAGCGUGUCAUGUUUGGGAUAUUGUCGGGGUCCGCUGAAAAUUGCGCAAAAUGGACGGAACUAUUAAGGAGGCGUUAUCAGUGGUGAGUGAAGACCAGUCAUUAUUUGAGCCUCCUUACGCUGCUGCUGCCCCUCUCCCUAAGACAGACAUGACUGCAUCUGGCACACAAGACUAUGGCCAGACCCACAAAAUCAACCCCUUACCCCCACAACAGGAAUGGAUCAACCAGCCAGUGCGGGUCAAUGUCAAAAGAGAAUAUGAGCACAUGAACGGAUCCAGGGAGUCUCCAGUGGACUGCAGUGUAGGUAAAUGUAAUAAGCUGGUGGGGGGUAAUGACACAGCUCAAAUGAACUAUGGAAACUACAUGGAUGAGAAGAACGCCCCUCCUCCUAACAUGACCACCAAUGAGCGAAGAGUCAUUGUACCUGCAGACCCAUCGUUGUGGUCCCAGGACCAUGUGCGCCAGUGGCUAGAGUGGGCCAUUAAGGAGUAUGGUCUUUUAGAGAUUGACACAACUAUGUUUCAGAACACAGAUGGCAAAGAGCUCUGCAAGAUGAGCAAGGAUGACUUCCUCCGACUCACCACCAUGUACAAUGCUGAAGUGCUUCUCUCUCAUCUCAAUUACCUCAGGGAAAGUAGCUCAUCAUUAUCCUAUAACACGCCAUCUCACACAGAUCCAUCACCACGCCUGGCUGCCAAAGACGACUCUUCAUAUGAUGCAGUACGGCGGACAGGAUGGUCAAACAACAUCCACAGCGGCAAAGGCUCACCAGUGGUGACCCAGAAUGUGACCAAGUCCACUGAGCAGCCUCGAGCUCAGCCAGAUCCUUACCAGAUUCUGGGUCCCACCAGUAGCCGCCUAGCAAAUCCAGGUUCAGGCCAGAUUCAGUUGUGGCAGUUCCUCCUGGAGCUCCUGUCCGACAGCGCCAACGCCGGCUGCAUCACCUGGGAGGGCACCAACGGGGAGUUCAAGAUGACAGACCCGGACGAAGUGGCCCGGCGCUGGGGCGAGCGUAAAAGCAAGCCCAACAUGAACUAUGAUAAGCUGAGCCGUGCGCUGCGCUACUACUAUGACAAAAAUAUCAUGACCAAGGUGCACGGCAAGCGCUACGCCUACAAGUUUGACUUUCACGGCAUCGCUCAGGCGCUCCAGCCGCACCCCACUGAAUCCUCCAUGUAUAAGUACCCUUCAGACCUAGCCUAUGUGCCUUCCUACCACGCGCACCAGCAGAAGGUCAAUUUUGUAUCCCCUCACCCUCCAUCUAUGCCAGUCACGUCCUCCAACUUCUUUGGACCCACCGCUCCAUACUGGAGUUCACCCACUGCAGGCAUCUACCCCAACCCGAAUGUCCCCCGUCACCCCAACACCCACGUGCCGUCCCACCUGGGCAGUUACUAUUAA